UCGCAUUAGCAAGCUGCCAUUGUUUCUCUGAGUAGAUGCAAAGUGCUUGCGUGUUAGAUAUAUUCCAGAAAAUAGCACGGAUCGUAUGUUUUGAAUAGAUUUUUUUUCCAGUAGAUUCUUGAGAGAAGAUAUCAUGGAACCAGAAUUCGAAAGAGAUCAGAGUUCGGGUAACGAUGCUGGUGGGAGUUUCAACAACAAAGAGAAGGGUCGAGACAGAAGGAGGUCACGCUCGCCAAGAAAACGAUCACGAAGUAGAGACCGGGAAAGGAAACGAUCCAGAUCUAGGGAACGAGGUCGAAGAAAGCGAUCUAAAAGUCAUUCUCCAAAACCACAAAAACGAAAGAAGCCAUACAAGUACUGGGAUAUUCCACCAGCUGGCUUUGAACAUAUGAGUGUGCCUCAAUAUAAAGCUAUGCAAGCAGCAGGACAGAUUCCAGCAGCUAUGCCAAUAAUUCAAGCUCCCCAGGUUCCAGUUACCAAUACAACCAUACCAUUUGCUGGAAGUACAAUUAGUAGACAAGCUCGACGACUGUAUGUUGGAAACAUACCUUUUGGUGUUACAGAAGAAGCUAUGAUGGAUUUCUUUAAUGGUCAGAUGAAGUUAACAGGGUUAGCACAGGCAGAUGGAAACCCUGUUAUUGCUGUUCAAAUUAAUUUAGACAAAAAUUUUGCUUUUCUUGAAUAUAGGUCAGUAGAUGAAACCACGCAAGCUAUGGCAUUUGAUGGUAUCAACUUCCAGGGACAAUCAUUGAAGAUUCGAAGGCCCAGGGAUUAUCAACCACUUCCUGGGUUAUCAGAACAACCUUCAAUAAAUGUCCCUGGCGUUGUGUCCACAGUGGUUCAAGAUUCUCCCCACAAGAUCUUUAUAGGUGGUCUUCCUAAUUAUCUGAAUGAAGAUCAAGUGAAAGAACUUUUAACCUCAUUUGGUCCUUUAAAAGCUUUUAAUUUGGUGAAAGAUAGUGCUACAGGUUUAUCCAAGGGUUAUGCAUUUUGCGAAUAUGUUGACAUAACAAUCACAGAUCAAGCAUGUGCUGGUUUAAAUGGUAUGCAGCUUGGUGACAAGAAACUAAUUGUGCAGAGAGCUAGUGUAGGUGCUAAGAAUGGUCAAAAUUUACCUGUUCAACUACAAGUACCUGGUUUAGAUUUACAAAUGGGAGCUGGUCCACCAACAGAAGUAUUAUGUUUAAUGAACAUGAUAUUAGCAGAGGAAUUGGAAGAUGAAGAAGAAUAUGAAGAUAUCGUUGAAGAUGUAAAAGAAGAGUGUGGAAAAUAUGGUGUUGUCCGCAGUUUAGAAGUUCCCCGGCCAAUCAGAGGGGUUGAUGUACCUGGUCUUGGUAAAAUAUUCGUGGAAUUCAAUUCCAUUAUCGAUUGUCAAAAAGCUCAACAAGCAUUAGCUGGAAGGAAAUUUUCACAAAGGGUUGUUGUCACAUCAUAUUACGAUCCUGAAAAAUAUCACAGAAGAGAAUUUUAAUCCUGUCAUUGCAAAUUGUUUUCAUGUUUUUCAGCUUUGAUUUGUAGAUCAUAAUUUUUUUUACUUAUGUUAAGUGAAAAAUCCUCUCUUUUAGAAUGAUUCACCUUACUACGUCAUUAAUUUCAUUUGUCAUUGUUGAUUCAUUAGUAUCAGAAAUCUACUUUGGUUGAUUUGGAUUUUGUCAAGUAUUUGGAUUGAUGAAUUAUGCUUUCUAUAUUAUGUCAGUGUGGUUAUUAGUGUAUAAUGCUAGUAUUAACCUUACUGAAAGACUAGUUCAAGGAUAAUAUUUCAAUUUAUGUUAUCAAUGUCAUUUAUCUUAAUGUUAAUUGCUUUAGAAUGCUGAAGUGUUUUUUACUUGCAAUGUAAAUCUUCUUGAACCUAGGAUAUUUUAUUUCAGUCAAUAAAAACUGUAUAUAUUCAGUAGUGCCUUUACUGAAUGUGAUUUUUUGUGGUGGUUAUCUCUUUAUUUUUAUCCAGGCAUCUCCAAUUUUUUCAUGUAGGGUUAAUUCUCCAAAAUUCAAAUCAUGCUGUAGGAAACUCUUAUUUUUAGCUACCAGCAUUUAUUUUUAGCAAGAUACAAAAAAUUUUUGAAGGUGGACAUUUCAGACACCAAAACUUUACAUUUCAGUACAGUUUUCUGGAUACCAAUAGACCAAAAACUUUAUUUGCAGCCUUUUCUUUUAUAGCAUAAUAUUCUAUUGUAAUUGGCCUAAUUUUCUGUUCAAUCUUUCGAAACAAACAUACGAAAUUUAAUAUGUAAAAUAUCACCCCAUUUAGACUGUAAAUUUUCACAUAAAUUCAUUUCAAUGAUCAAUGCAUAUGUUUACAGCAUUCUCUUUAGCCUUUCAACAGUGGACAGGUUUUGAUUAAAGAAGAACCUUGGUCUUUUCUUUGGCUUUCUAUUUGCAGCAAUCUCUUUAGGGCAGAAUUGGGAGUAUAUUUUUAUUUCCAGCCUUCUUUUUAGGGCAAUCGUUUUGGGUUAAUGGAGCCUGGGUAAAUGAAAAGAUAAGAUGACCAUAACAAGGGAAAUCAAGCCUGCAAUGAAGCAAGGUAUUGGUAUUGUCUUGGACUUUCAGGAAUAGCAAGGAUGCAAUAUCACAGAUCCACCGCUUAAAGUAUCUACUUAUUCUUGACUCGUAUACAAGAUUUAUAUGUAACUGUCUAUUCUGCAUGACUAUUUGAAUGAAAAGUGGGUAACAAAGCAACUUGGCCUGGAAAGUAAAUUAUUGGACUAUUAUGCACAGUGGCAAAAAACCAGGCUAGAAAUAUUGCAAAGUUGACAUAAUUGAAACAUCUUUCUAUCUUUUGCAGAGAUGCACGAUCACAGCCUCCAAGGUGGUCUCGGAGAAGACCUUGUUCAGGGAAAGCGCCGCAUUACUUUCAAAAAAGCUUUUAGAGACUGGUGACAUCUGCCUCUUCCCUUUUAUGCCCAAAUGUCUACAUGUGCAUGUUAAUUAUAGGCGCACCCAGGCCUAUCGGUCUGUUCGUUAACACAGUACAACCCAUAUUUUCUAUCUUGAUGUUCUCGAAGUAUUGAAAUACUGCGGUACCUGUAGGUUUCCGCCGAUUUUCAUGAAACUUGGAAUGAAGUUGAACAAGACAAAUUGAGUGUACAUGUAUAGGUCCGCAUCUGAAUUGAUGUCUUUUGAUAAUAUGUGUUGCUUACAUACACUUGAUGCUAUUUACAUGCGUACCGUGUAUGUACGCCUUAAUAGAUUUAAAUGAGUACAGGUUUGUUUUAAACAAAAACUUACAUGUGAUUACGUUGCAUUAAACUUAUAGUGGAGUCUGUUUGAUCAGAGUUAUUUCCCUUGUCAAUAUUAUCAUGAAACUUGAUUUCAAUCGAUACUAGAAACUUACAUUGAUCAUUGUAGGCUUCAUAUUCAAAAAUGUUUUUCAGGGGUCAAUCGCAAAAUAAUAGCUGGUAAUGAUAAUUUUUUUUUAAUCUUGGUAGUUGAUCGAAUCAAGUUCUUAUGGAACUGCAUAGAAUCUUUUCGAUGAAUUGUUCGAACAUUUAAUAAGCUAUUCUCAACGGAAUUUAAAAUAUAUUUGUGAAAGGUAAAGAACAUAAUUCCCAAAGUAUUAUUUGCUUUUGUAUGAAAAGGGACAUAAAGCAUUAGUUUAGGACAUAUAUGUAUAUAAUUUGUGUGCCUUGAUUAUUUUUUUUUAAUAAACGUUUCCAAUGAG